UAAUUUUCUACAUUUAACUUUUGAAUUUGACGUUGCUUUUGCAGAAAUGGCCAAUUUGCCAAUUUUACACGAAGUAUCAACAUCAUUUAUGUCGCUUGCCGAUGCUAUUACUGGCCACCCUGAAAGAGCACGCGAAAGAUGGGUCGAAUACGCGGAGCAAAGCGUACUUGGCUCUGGCAUUUAUGCAGCUGUCGAAGCAUCUYGUGGAAACCUAGAGAGGGCCGAGGAAUUGGGGAAAGGAAUGGGAAGAGCUACGGGAUCUGCUUUGCUUGGUGGUGGGCUCCUAAGAAAUGUUCCCGGCUUUCAAGAGCUAGCAACUGCAGGUGAUGCAUUAGGGGAUGUUAUUGGAGGUGGCGAUACUGUAGCAGCUGCAAAGAGAUGGGAUGAYUAUGCAGAAAAUAGCGUGAUUGGAACAGGAGUCUAUGCAGCAGUCGAAGCUGGCAAAGGAAAUAUGGAAAGAGCAAGAGAAUUGGGAGAGAAUAUGGGUAAAGCAGCCCUUAGUGGCGCAGUCACCGUUGCAGCAGUUGGUGCAAGCGUAGCAACAGGAGGCCUUGCAGCUCCCUUUGGUGCUGCAGCAUCGGCAAGCGUUGGGGCUGUUGUGGGAGCAGCUACAGGCGCCGGAGUAACUGCGGCAGAACAGGCAAUUAAGGGUGAAGAAAUAAGAGGUGGGGAUGUGCUAGGUUCUGCCUUAAUGGGUGGCGUAGGUGGGGCUGUUGGGGGUGCCAUGAAAGGCAGGGCUGCAGCCAAAACGAGACCUAGUACAGCCAGCACGAGACCUACUGACACGAGACCUAGUACAGAUAUCACGAGACCUAGUACAGCCAGCACGAGACCAAGUACAGCCAGCACGAGACCUAGUACAGCUGACACGAGACCUAGUACAGAUAUCACGAGACCUAGUACAGCCAGCACGAGACCAAGUACAGCCAGCACGAGACCUAGUACAGCUGACACGAGACCUAGUACAGAUAUCACGAGACCUAGUACAGCCAGCACGAGACCUAGUACAGACAUAACGAGACCUAGUACAGCCAGCACGCGUCCUACUACAGCUAGCACGGAACCUAAUACAUCCAGUACUGGACCUAAUACRGCGAAGAYCUCAGUGAAARAKGCCGUUUKGGGACAGAAUGCUGAAGGCUUCAGUAUUGAUACUAAAGCUGCUCACCACGUGUUACACACAAUCGUGGAGGAAGCACCGCAAGUAACACCUCAGCUUGCGGCCGCUAAUAAACCCGGCGGAGAUUCUCGACACAAGCCACAAGCUAGGAAAGCAACAGCUAAUAAGGGACGUGGAACAGGCGCAAAACCAACGAAAGGAAGUCAGGGAGUAAGCGGAGGAGGUCAGGGAGUAAGCGGAGGAGGUCAGGGAGUAAGCGGAGGAGGUCAGGGAGGAAGAGGUGGAGGUCAAGGGGGAAGAGGUGGAGGUCAAGGGGGAAGAGGUGGAGGUCAAGGAGGUGGAAAAGGAGAUGGAAAAGAACAAAGAAAAAAGAGAAAUUGGUUCAUAUACCUUCUUGGAAUGACUGAGGAGCAGUUUAACCAUACUUUUCAAAUUAUUGUUGAAGAAAAUGGGGUUUACGAGAUCAUAGCACCUGAGGGUAUAAACUUUGUCCAUGCAUUCGUAACGACAGGUGAUAAACCUACAAAUCUGGUCACUGGCCAAAGUGCACGUUCAGCCGGUGAACUAUGGAGGCGGGUUACAGGGAGCCCUAUAAGUGAAAGUCCCUGUUGUGUCACCAACUGUACUAAUCCAGCAUGCAAUGGACAGACACAACAAGUUGCAGCCCAUGUUUACCUGACAAGCCAAUCUCAAGCCAGUCCUAUUCAGUACAUGAUGCUAAUACCAACAUGUAGUGCUUGUAAUAAUACCUGGCAAAGUCAMAAUAACAACACUACGUAUCCACGAGAUGGGCAGUCUGUGCAGACAGCAAAUCCAUUGAAUGCACGUCCUGGUACGMAGGUGAUAUUCAUAAGAAUUGAUGAUAAUACAGCUGGAAGAAAAGGAGCCGGGAAAGGAAACGGAAAAGGUGGAUCCAGUGGUGGCGGCAACAGCAAAGGGGGCAGCAGUACAUGA